CCACCCGCGCCGCGCUCCUUUCUGUGCGUGUCCUUUUUCUGAACCCACCCUCUCCAUCCACGCUCCUUUGCCAGAGUCACCCCCCACACAUUCUCUAACCUGCUCUCCUUUUCGUCCGUUGUAACCCUCCUCUCCACCCUCGCUUCACUCCUCUGCCUCUCCCGACGCCGCCAUGGAUGAUUCGCAGACAGCCUUCAUUGCGCAAUACCCCGGUUACAAUUUCGAUCUCGAUAUGAUGAAGUACGGUAACCCCAUGGCCAACUUCGCACAGGUGCAACCUAAAUCAGCAGCGGCUUCCUCAGCUGCAGAUUCCUGGUACACCGACUGCGGGCCCGUACUCCCUGCAGCCAUUAGCGCGGCACUCUCCGCGCAGAACAAUGCGACGGGCCGCACGGUGUACGUCGGAAACCUGCCUGCGACAGCGUCCGUCGACGAGCUACUCAACCUGGUCCACUUUGGGCCGCUCGAGUCGAUCCGCGUGCUGCCCGAGAAGUCUUGCGUGUUCCUGUCUUUCCUCGACGGCGCAACGGCAGCGGCGUUCCACGCGGACGCGCUGAUCAAGAAGCUGGCGCUCCACGGUCAGGAGCUCAAGAUCGGCUGGGGUAAGCCGUCUGCGGUGCCCAGCCAGGUCGCGCUUGCCAUCCAGCAGAGCAAUGCGAGCAGGAAUGUCUACCUUGGAGGGUUGGACGAGAACAUGACGGAGGAGCAAUUGAGGGACGACUUGAGCCGCUUUGGUUUAAUCGACCAGGUGAAGAUCGUCGUGAACACGCUGCCGACAGAGCCGGCGUGGGCUGGCAAACGAGUCACUACGGCAAGGACCGCUGCGCCUACAUCCCCAAGUCGCAGCAAGCCGCAGCGCAGGCGCGCAGGCUGCUGCUGCUCAGUCGCUCGUGGCGCAGUCCGCCGCCGCGUCGCUCUCGCCCUGCAGACGAAUGGCCCGAGCUUCGCGUCGCCGUUGACGCCGUACAUGCCUUUCUCGCCGGAUGGUCUCGGCGGACUUGCCUCCCCGCAGGCCCUGAACCGUACAGUCUACUUGGGAAACAUUCACCCCGAGACGACCACGGAGGACCUGUGCAACGCCAUUCGAGGUGGUGUCUUGCAGAGCAUUAGGUACAUGCAGGAUAGCAUAUCGCUGUCAUUCGUGACAUUCAUCGACCCUGCUGCGUCCCUUACCUUUUUCCAAGUCGCGUCUUACCAAGGUCUGACGUUGAACAACCGCCGCUUGAAGAUCGGCUGGGGCAAGAACUCGGGCCUCUGCCUCCUGCUCUCGCCCUUGCUGUGCACGGCGGUGCCACUCGCAACGUCUACGAACUGCGCGUUCGUGAACUUCACUAACAUCUCUAACGCCAUCAAGGCCAUCGAUGGUGGCGGUGGUGCCCGGCGGUCUGCCAGUGGCCAUAAUGGUCCUGCUUCCGCGGGUCCUGUUAGCGCCAUCGAGCCGCCCGCCGAGGGUAUGGAUGCCGUUUUCCUUGCCCAGGAUCUCAAGGAGGAACCGGCCGACAUUGUUGUCACGCCGAUUGACGCUCCGCAGGGCGUCCCGGUCGCCGCGAACUAG